GUGGCUCAACUUGGUGAUAAUGUUACUCUGCCAUGUCUGCACUCAAAAGAGAAAUUGGACAUGUUUUGGUGGUUUAAGCAAUCUCUCGGACGCAUGGUACAACCUGUGGCUGUAAUGAGUUUGGACAAAGUAACACUUCAUGGAGAGUUUAACAACCCACGUUUCAUGGUUGGUGCUUCUCAUUAUCUGAGCAUCAGAAACGUAAGAAAAGAAGAUGAAGCCACAUACUUCUGUCAAGGAGGAACCACAUAUCAACUUGAUGUUCUUAAUGGAACAUUUUUACAUGUGAACGAUUACAACCAGCAGAAGUCUGUCCUCCUGACACAGUGGCCAGAGACUGAGUCCGUCCAGCUGGGAGAAGCAGUGACUCUCCAGUGUUCGGUUCUCUUCGAGAACAAAGACAGCAGCAGCCGGUGUUCAGGUGAACACAGUGUGUACUGGUUCAGAGCCGGAUCAGGAGAAUCCCAUCCAGGCGUCAUUCACAGUCGAGGGAACAGAAGUCAUGAAUGUCAGGAGAGUCCUUCUCGUCAACGGAGCUGUGUUUACACACUCUCCAAAAGUGUAACCAGCUCCUCUGAUGCUGGGACUUACUACUGUGCUGUGGCCACAUGUGGGGAGAUCCUGUUUGGAAGUGGAACUAAAGUGGACGCAAUUGUGGCUUUGGGUCUGCCAGACCUCUUCCUGUCAGAGUUUCCCCCAGUUUCUGAGUGGCUUUUGAUGGUGAAGGAAACUAUACUCACUAACACCUUGACUUUAUUUGCAAUUUCUCUGUAG